AUGGAGAGGAUAAGAGGAUUCGGGCUGAAAUGGUGUGUGUGGUUGGGUGUGUGUGUGCUGGGGCUGUUCGCGGCGGCUGCUCUGGGGGAACAGAGCUGCAAGCUCAAGGCGAAGUUCAACCUGAUGGGCUACAAGAACGUGGAGAAGAAGAAGGUGGUGAUCGGGGGAAUGUUCUCCGUGCACAACCGGGUCUCCGACACCAACAGCUCGUCCGACCCGGUGUCCGCCGGCUGCGAAGGGUUCAAUUUCCGUACUUUCCGCUGGACGCAGACGAUGCUGUUCGCCAUUAACGAGAUCAACAAACGGCAAGACCUGCUGCCCAACACCGACCUCGGGUACGUCAUCUACGACUCGUGCUUCACCAUCUCCAAGUCUGUAGAAGGAACUCUGACCUUCCUGACGGGUCAGGACGAAGCCGUGCCCAACUACCGCUGUGGGAACGGGCCGCCGCUCGCCGCUAUGGUCGGGGCGGGGGGGUGUGACCUGUCCGUCGCUACGGCCCGAAUCCUCGGCCUGUACUAUUUCCCACAGGUGAGCUACUCAUCUUCAUGUUCGGUCCUCGAGAGCAGGUUCCAGUACCCCACCUUCCUCCGGACGAUCCCGAGCGACGAGCACCAGUCGGUGGCCAUGGCUCAGCUGGUGUUGCAUUUCGGCUGGACCUGGGUGGGCACCAUCGCUUCAGACGAUGACUACGGCAAAUACGGCAUCAAGCGUUUUAAAGAGGUCGUAGAGGAGGCGGGCGUGUGCAUCUCAUUUGCUGAGACGCUACCCAAGUACACCAAUCCUGAAGCCAUCGCACGCAUCGUCCGCACCAUCAGGGACUCCACAGCCAAGAUCAUUGUAGUGUUCUCAUCUGAUGUGGAUCUGGGUCCGCUGGUGGAGGAACUGCUGCUUAACAACAUCACUAACCGCACGUGGAUCGCCAGCGAGAACUGGGUUACGUCUGCGCGUAUUGCCCGCCAGCCCAACGUUAUGUCCAUGCUGAGUGGAACCAUCGGCUUCGCCAUACCUCGAGCAGACAUCCCAGGCCUUCAGGAGCACCUUCUUAAAAUUGACCCCUACCAAGACUCCCUGACUGAGGAGUUCUGGGAAACAGCCUUUAACUGCACGCUGAGUUACAACCAAGCCCUCAGAAAUGCCCGAGCAAAGCUGGCUACAGAGGUGGGAAACGCAACAGCGUCACGGGCGGCAGCCAGAUUGGCACCUCAUGGCUUGUGCACGGGGACGGAAAGUCUGAUGAUACUCAAUAACACGUAUUCGGACGUGUCGCAGCUGAGACUGACGUAUAACGUGUAUAAAGCUGUGUAUGCAGUAGCCUAUGCUCUGCACAACCUGGAGUACUGUGUGCCCGGAAAAGGACCUUUCGUUGGAGGCACUUGCGCUGACAUUACCAAAUUUGAGCCUUGGCAACUGAUGUACUACUUGAAGAACUUGCGCUUCAAGGUCCCCUACACCGGAGAGGACAUAUCCUUUAACGACGGUGAAGUGCCUGGGUUUUACGAGAUCCUCAACUGGCAGAGGGCUUCGGACGGCGGUGUCACAUUCACGCAUAUUGGACACUACAACAGCACAGAGGUUCUUGGGAGAAAGCUGUACAUCGACAACUCCUCCAUCAUAUGGCAUAACGACAUGCUGAAGGCGCCGCGCUCCGUGUGCAGCGAGAGAUGCCUGCCUGGCACGCGUAUGGGCAUCCGGCAGGGUGAACCCGUCUGCUGCUUCGACUGUAUACCGUGUGCGGACGGAGAGAUUUCUAACACUACAGAUGCCAGAGGCUGCAUUCAGUGUACUGAGGACUACUGGUCCAACGCCAACCGUGACACCUGCGUUCCCAAGAUCAUUGAGUUCCUGGACUUCGGUGAGGCUCUGGGCAUCACGCUGAUCGUCAUCGCUGUUUUUGGUGCUUUCCUGACCAUCGGGGUGGCCAUCGUGCUCCUUAAAAACCUAAACACGCCCCUGGUGCAGGCCAACGACCCGCUCCUGACCUUCACCCUGCUGCUGGGGCUGGUGGUCACGUUCCUCUGCUCCAUCGUGUUCCUGGGUGAGCCACGGGCGUGGUCUUGCAUGACCAGCCAGGUGGCGCUAGCGGUUGGCUUUGCUCUGGCUUUAUCAUCCAUCAUGGGCAAGUCCACUCUGCUGAUGCUUAGAGCCAGAGCCAUCAAAAUCAUGAGAGUGGCGGCUAAAGCGGCCAAAGCGGCAGCGGCUGCCUCCGAGCAGAGCGGCGACACGGCAGCGAUAGCUCCGGCGAUACCGCAGAAAAACGACAUCGACCCGAUCAAACCUCUUCAACAGAGAAUUGUGAUGAUCAUCUGUACGCUGAUCCAAGCCGCAGGCAGCACCGUGUGGCUCAUCAUGAACCCGCCUCAUCCCAUAAAGAACACAGCCACACAGAACAUCAAGAUCAUCCUGGAGUGCGAUCCCGGCAACAUCAUCUUCAUCUGCUGCAUCUUCGGCUAUGACGUGCUCCUGGCGCUGGUGGCGUUCAUCUUCGCCUUUGUGGCGCGCAAGCUCGAGGACCACUUCAGCGAGGGCAAGUGCUUCACCUUCGGCAUGCUGGUGUUCUUCAUCGUCUGGUCCUCGUUCGUCCCUGCUUACCUGAGCACGCGUGGAAAGUUCAUGGUGGCCGUGCAAAUCUUCGCCAUCCUGGCUUCCAGCUUCGGCCUCCUCGCGUGCAUCUUCCUGCCCAAGUGCUACAUCCUGCUGGUCAAACCUGACAGGAACAAGGAGGAGCUGUUGGUGCCCAGACCCAAACAGCCUGAAUCUGGAGGCACCGGAACAUCUGCAUCGCUCGCCACCAUCAGCACCAGCACUACCAAGGGAUGAGCAAAUACUGUAUAUAAAUCUGCAAUCCGACAUCUAAUAACCAGGACUUUAUUUAUUUGCUUGUUUGUUUGUUUGUUUUUAUUCGAACAUAAAAGCCAAGAGAUGAGACAGAAAAAAAGGAAUCACUGUAAAUCCAGUGUAAAAAAAUGAAAAAAAAAACAAAACAAC